CACAUGUGAAGUAUUUUGUGGCCGUACGUACGUUUGUAUUUUCAUUGUAUAUUCUUUGACUAUGAUAGAAAUAGACGAGGAUCCUCAGUUGGGGUUGCAUUUCGACGAAGACGACGAUGAAUUAUCUGACGACGAGCUGCAAGAAGCUUUCGCUAAGGGUUUGCUCAAACCUGGAUUGAAUAUCCCUCAGGAUGAGCAAAAGAAGACCAUCAACAAUGUGGAGGGUUUGAAUAAAUGCCUAGCUGAGUUCAAGAAAAACCUGCCAUGGAUUGAAAGACUGGACCUCACCAAUCCCCCUGCUGUUAACAUCAUUGCAAAAGCAGAGGGCCGAGCACAACAACCUGAAGGCAGUAAAGAAAUAAAUGCAGAAGAUGACUUUCAGAGAGAGAUGUACUUCUACCGGCAGGCCCAAGCAACAGUUUUAGCAGCGUUACCAAAGUUGCAAAAGUUUAAGAUCCCUACUAAGAGACCUGACGAUUACUUUGCAGAGAUGGCCAAGACUGAUCAGCACAUGCAGAAGAUUAGGAAAAAGCUUCUUCUCAAGCAAGAGGUGAUGGAGAAAUCUGAAAAAGCCAAAAGGCUAAGAGAACAGAGGAAAUAUGGCAAAAAGGUUCAAACUGAGGUGAUUCAGAACAGGCAAAAACAAAAGAAAGCAAUGCUGUCUGCUGUAAAGAAAUAUCAGAAAGGAAUGACAGAUAAACUAGACUUCCUGGAAGGAGACCAAAAUCAAGGACAGAAAGGAUCUUCCACAAAGAAGCAAAUAAACAAGAAAAAUCCCAAUGCUAAGAGGAAAUAUAAGGACAAGAAGUUUGGAUUUGGAGGCAGGAAAAAGGGUAGCAAAUGGAACACCAAAGAGAGCCAUGAUGAUGUAUCAGCGUUCAAGGCCAAAAUGGCCCAUGGGAAAGGCGGGGGUAAAGUCGGCAAUAGAGUCAAGAUGAACAAACGGCCAGGAAAAGAAGCAAGAAGGAAAAUGAAGGCACGGAAAUAAGCUGUAUCUUCCUAUUGACUUUAAUUGUGCCAUUAAAAGAUGUUUUUUUUUUCUUUUUGUUAUUAAUAAAUCUUAGCUAUUA